GUCACUCGGCAGCGACAAUGGGGCAAUUUACGGGACAAAAGGAGCCACGGCGCUUGAGCGUCGCUGCAGCUUCAGGAGCUAAAUGUCGAGAUGAGAAGGCGAUGGAUCCGCCGUCUCGUCCGUGGGAAGCGUGAAUGGUCGGGGCGUUGGUAAAAGCGUGUAUAUACAGUGAGGACGUGCGAGAGGUCGAUGAGUGAGCCGGGAUCCAUUUUAUGGAUCAGACUUCUAAUUGUGCAGCUGGGUGUUUCCAACGCAAACAGAAACGCCUCUCCUGUAGCUCCCUGUUUUGUCUGUGACCCGACCUUGUUGUGAUCGGCCCGUUCUGACCUCGCCUGCGUGGGACCGAGCGACCCGUUUGCUCCGAUAAGCUCGGCGAACGCUAGGAAACAAGUUGUUUUCCAGCGCGCGUCUUUUGUCUGCUCCUCCUCCAUCCUCCCACCGACGCGAGGACCUAAAACAAAAACACAGCUUUAAUUCAGUGGCGCUAUUCUGGGCCGGGUUAAGACAACACUGGUACCGGGCGGUGUGAGGCCUCCCACUUAGAACUUCUGACCUCUGAAGCUAAAGCAAUAACAGUACUCGGGUGUUCAAAGCCUCUGUCUGUUAUUCCCUCCGUGCUUUGCUUCCACUGUUCAGUUUCCACUGUAGCUCAUUCUGUCAUUUUCUAAUAAACAUCCUGGAUGUUCAUUAACUUGCAGAAGUGCGGUCACUGUACCAGAACACAGUCUCCGCUCUGGGGCCGGUCCGUACCUUUGGAACUUGUGCGAUCAAUGUUUGUUCAUUUUCACUUUAGCCUCACAUGACUGACUCAAUUAUUUACUUAUCAGUACAUAACGCAGUCAUUAGCGGAACUGGACAAUCUGCAAAUGGAAAUGAGCAGCACCGACAAAGUCCAAACACCGGUGCUUCACGUCCUGAGAAGCAGCGCAAAAGGAGAACAACACAAGGUUUGCGUCCAUUGUGUGCCGUCGUUCAGCGAGUCACGUCUCUGACGCUCUCAGCCAACCAAUCGAUGGCAGUCUGUGACCUUUGCCCUUUGCUCCCGUUCACCCCCUCUCCCACCGCCGCCGCUGCUACCGCCAGCAGACAGCUGGGAUCGCGUGGGGGAGGGCGUCUCCUCCACAGCCGUGCUGUCACUCAAGAUUAUACCAUAACAUACAUUUCAGACAAAAAUAUACGGCUGAAGACUCAAACCUCCCUCCACCCCAUUGGCUGCUUAUCCGCCCGACCAAAAACAAACAAAUGAUUUGGCUUUUAAUACACUUUAAUACACACAAUCUCACUUUUUGCUUAGACACACACAAAAGGGUUGUUUUCUUAUCACCAAGCUACUGAAAAAAAUCAUUUUUAAGGCUAAAGCCUCUAACAACAUCUGUAACAGCAGCAAGGGUAUAGACACUGGUUCUGUGACCUAGUUGGGAAAAAAAUGAUUAUAGUUCAAUCAUAUAAAGAGGUUUUCCUUCUAUCUGGGGCUUUGCCAAAGCAGACACCAGCGCCCAGCGGCCGGGGUGACUGGCGGGCAGCUGCCGGGGCAUCUGGAUGCACCGGGGAACGAUCACUCAACUGUGCCAGAGAUUUGGCUACGAGGCGAAAGUCCAGACAGACAGAUUUUAUAUCACCAGCUUUGUCUGCGAAAGGGAUUUCUGCAGCGGCGCACGGCGAGGUACCGGCGCCCCAUGAGGCCGGCGCUCCCGAGCAGGAGAUUUGUGCCAUUAUUAGUGGUGGGAGCGGAGGACGUGGCCACUUUAAAUACGUCUGAGUGACACAACCACAGCCCCAGUGUGUCUCUGCCAUGAUUGCAGCCUUCCACGCAUCCUUUUCCCUAUAUUACGUCACCUCCAACAGGAAACAAGCUGCAACAGCUCAAGGUGAGACUCCGUGUGAGCCUCUACCUUUACUCCAAAAUUCAUAUUCCCUCUCCAAAUUGAUUUGGGCCGAACUGAAAUACAAAACCAUAAAAAUGCCCUCCGCUGUGUUUUCCUGUGCAAUGUUAUGCAAUACAUGCUGUCAGCGAGGCUGGUGCGGCUAUUCGUGGGUGUGUGCUGCCUCCUGGUGGCUGCUCGAGGUACUACUUCAAAUCCUGUCCGCUCAUGACGGGCACUAGAGGCCAGAGUUUGACUCCAGCAAAUGAAAAAAAUGAACAACGGACUAGUUUCAAUCCUAACACGCAAUAUUUCCUGAUUCAUUCUCAUUUAAUUUGAUCGGCAGUUUAUAUUACUUUCUUCUACAUAAAACAAGUGGCAAAAGCGAUUUAAAGACCUAAGGAGUGGUGUGCAUCAGCGCCUCCCAGACGCCCUGAAGCACGGCGGUGCAUUAACAUAAGGCUCAAAGGCCAAGCAGCACCUCGGUGGGACGCCCACGUCUCCCCUGAGCUACUGUAAAAACCAGGCGUCACCUCUGACCCUGCCGAGCGCUCCCGCCAUUGAUCCUCCAGAUUCCUCCCACGUCGAGGGUACGUGUGAGAACUCCCUUCCCGGCGAAGGCAUUUGAGAAGUCAUCACCUGCGCUCGUCCGCGCUCGAGUGUGCGUGAGAAAAGCAUCUGCAGACGCGGCGCCGAGGCCCCGCGCUGCCUUCAGGACGCUGCGUUCAGCCGGGAGGCAGCUGUGACGUAGGGAAGGAAGCCCUGCUCAGCUCAGGUAACGCGGAACGAAGCUUUUUGUACAAAAGGCCUUCAUUUGUAUGGAUGGUGGAUUGUGGCAUGUUUACAAUGGAGGACUUAAAGGUUCUCAACUUUGUGUCCUUCAGAUAAGAUGGAAGUUCUUCCACUGCUGCUCGUAUUUUUCAUAGUGUCUGGAUAUUCGUACAAAUUACAGCCAAGACUGAGCUUCAUGCAAAAAGCUGAGUUGGACACAGACCAACUCUCUGAGAUGGAGAGUGCUUCAUCAGCGAUGGAGAGACAGGAUGAAGGCAAAAGCGAUUUAGUGCCUCUAGAGUCGAACCCUGAGGAGAGAGGAGAUCUGACUCCGGAAAUAAAGCUCCCGGGGAAACGUAAAACAGGAAUCCAUAGGAAUGUGGAAGGACCCAUGGAGAGAAAGGAAGAACGUGAGAACGUGAGCGAGGAAGGACUCACCGGGAUCGAGAGAGUUGUCACAGAAGUUGUAACAGGGAGAGGACACAAUAAAAACACAGUGCUAACACAUACGUGGAUACGAGAUGAUGCAAAGCAUGACACUGCAAUGAAAGUCAGGGGAAAGGACAAGCAGACAGUGAGGGAGGAGGAGACAGGAGAGCUCGUUGCUGGUAUCAGUCUUCACAAAGAGACAGGAGGAGACACCCAUGAGAUUGAAAAGGUGCCAACUCGGGAAAUUAUUAAAGAAAGGGGCAAAAGUAAUGAAGGACAGAGAAGAGCAGAGAGCGAAGCAUCCCGUGAUGAGGGUCCUGUUCUUGGCUCCUCUCCCCCUCCCCCCACAGCUGCUCCCCAGCUGCUCCCUUCUGCUGCAGCCUCAGUGGAUCCCCUCACGGUGGCGCCGCAGAGAGAGCACUCAGUGUCAGCAGGAGACGUGAUCCUCAACCCGCUGAUAAACGCUGCACGGGCCGAGCCGCAGACCACACGCGCGGCACAGGACCCGGACGCCGACGUGCAACCAGAACAGAGCAGGUCUACACCAAAAGCAGAACCCGACCCGACGCCGAAGCCAAAUGAUUACACACUUUCUGCUAAAGCAGCUGAACUUAAAGCGACAACGUCCACAACGCAAAGCAAAGGACCUGGAAACAACGUGAAUAAAUCCCAGGAAAAGAGAAGGAAUGAGAUCAAAACACAGAAACCGUUGGAGAAGAAGAAGAAGAAGGUUGCCGUGGAAACCAGCUUUCAUUACUUCACAGACAACUACUGCCCUCUAGAGUGUGCGUGUUACGGAAGAGUGGUCCAGUGCUCCGACAAAGGGGUGGAGAGGGUUCCUUAUGGGAUCCCCUACAGCGCCCGCUACGUCCUCCUCAUGAACAACCACAUCCACAGCAUCCAGCUGGACCUGCUCACUGACUACGUCUCCAUGGAGUUCCUGGUGCUGAGCAACAACCAGCUCACGGACGGCGCCAUAGAAGGGGCCUUCUACGGGGUCCCGGCCCUGAAGCGCCUGUACCUGGACCAGAACCUGCUGGAGAGCGUCCCCACCGACCUUCCGGCCUGUCUGGAGGAGAUCCGCCUGGACCACAACCGGCUGCGCGCGAUGUCGCCGGCCGCCUGGACCCGGAGCCCGGGCCUCCGGGUCCUGAGCCUCAGCAACAACAGCCUGGGCGACGGGCCGGAGCCGCUCCCCGACCGGGUCUGCGCACGCUGAACCUCAGCCACAACCGGCUGGCGUCGGUACCGCUGGGUUUGCCGCUGUCGGUCCGGGAGCUGUACCUCAGAGGGAACCGCAUCCGGCGGUUCCGCGGGGGGGUGUUCGACGGGCCGUCGGAGCUGGCGGUGUUGGACGUGAGCGGGAACAGGCUGAGGGACAAGGGCCUCCUUCAGAGCUGCCUGGUCAACGCCACGCGCCUGGAAAGCAUCAACCUGGAGGGGAACCGCCUGAGGCGCCUCCCGCGCCACCUCCCCCUCUCCCUUAAAACCCUCAAUCUGGAGGGC